AUGAUAUCCACAAUCUUAACACACAUCAUUAACCCCCUUGCAUACAUUGUCCCUGUCCUACUAGCUGUUGCAUUUCUUACACUAUUAGAACGAAAAGUACUAGGAUACAUGCAACUACGAAAAGGCCCUAAUGUAGUAGGCCCCUAUGGCCUUCUUCAACCAAUUGCAGAUGGUGUUAAACUUUUUAUCAAAGAACCUGUACGCCCUUCCACAGCCUCCCCAUUCCUUUUCCUCUUAGCCCCCACACUAGCCCUUACCCUAGCACUAACCCUUUGAGCCCCUAUACCUUUACCCCACCCCGUUACUGACUUAAACCUAAGCAUCCUAUUUAUCCUCGCCCUCUCAAGCCUAGCAGUGUAUUCUAUCCUGGGUGCUGGAUGAGCUUCUAAUUCCAAAUAUGCCCUCAUUGGAGCACUACGAGCAGUUGCACAGACAAUUUCCUAUGAAGUCAGCCUUGGACUAAUUUUACUAAGCACAAUCAUCUUUACAGGAGGCUUUGCUCUACAAACAUUUAACAUCACACAAGAAAGCAUCUGACUAGUAUUCCCAGCCUGACCCCUAGCUGCAAUAUGAUACAUCUCAACCCUAGCAGAAACAAAUCGAGCCCCAUUUGACUUAACAGAAGGAGAAUCUGAGCUUGUUUCAGGCUUCAAUGUAGAAUAUGCAGGCGGCCCAUUUGCCCUAUUCUUCCUUGCAGAAUAUGCUAACAUUCUCCUAAUAAAUACACUUUCUGCAACACUAUUCCUAGGAGCCUCCCACCUUCCAUACUACCCAGAAAUUACAACAAUUAACCUAAUAACUAAAGCAGCCCUACUAUCAGUCUUAUUCCUAUGAGUACGAGCCUCCUACCCCCGCUUCCGAUAUGAUCAACUCAUGCACCUCAUUUGAAAAAACUUCCUCCCACUAACCUUAGCCCUUGUAAUCUGACACCUUUCUCUCCCUGUAGCAUUUGCAGGCUUACCCCCUCAACUCUAA